UUCAGCUCUACUGUAACACUCAUUAACAUUUUUGUACUAGCAAAUAUCUAUUUUACCAAAUAUUAUCACAUGAAACCGAUAUUUUAUACCCAAAUAUUUUCUACCUUUGUAUUUUUGAGAGUGCAUUUUAAUCUUGAAGUUUUUGGUGUUUAGAAAACCUUUUUACAAUGAGUCAGUGUGAAAAUGUAUGUAAUAUUUAGGUGUACACUUGAGUAAUUUCUCGAAGUUAAAUACGUGAAAGAGCAUGGCCCCAGUGAAGUUCGGGUUGUUCAAAGCCAGGAGUAGGGAGCAGGAGCAGCCUUCCACAGAGAAUCUUCUGCACAUCAGCAAUAGUAGUGAGCACGUGGCAACACCGAGUUCUCCAGUACCUUCCACGAGUAAAGGUAUACCCGAGGAUCUAGUGCCGGCAGACAUAUCAGAACUCCACCUGGACAGCGAAGAUGAUGACGAGGUCAUUUCCGAAAAAGCCACGCCGAGUAGGGUUAGCGCGUGUAGCCCAGCAGAAGAUAACCAGUUCAACUACCUACCACUAAGAAAUCAAACGUCCACUGACGCGACCUCCAUCUCGACUCUUCAACAAGAGGACUUCGAUCAGAUACAAAACCUCGACGAGGACUGCCUCGAUUUAGACGGUGCUUCCACCUCGUGUGACGCUAACUCUUUACAAUUUGACGAGACUUCUCUGGCAGCCAGCGAAGACCUGUCCGUCUACUGUGGUGCGCUGAAGAAACCCAAGAAGAGCAGGUCGAAAGAGGAGAAGCAAAUGAGAGAUAUUGAUAUGUGGAGAGCGAGCAACGUCGAGGUUAUGCAGAACCUCUUAAGCAGAAGCGGAACUCUGGAUGAGCAAAUCAAAUGGGAAGCCAUAGCGACAGCCAGAGGUCUUUGCACAUUGACUGACAGCUGUACGUGUGGGGACUGCACGAGGGCUAAAUACCUGGCCGGGGUGACUGACGGUGACGGGGGGUUGGGUGCGGCACCACUCUUCAACGCCAUCAGUGUAGGCUGCUCAUUACAAUGAGAGAACUGCUGGUCACCUUAGGAUCUUAUAACCGUCUCAGAAUUUUGAGUCUGAGACGGGUUUUUUGAGACCGAUAUUUCAAUUAGUCAAUUGAACCAAACCAAAGAUUUUAUUUUCAAAUUUUCAUAAAUAAAUUAAUAAUUUCAGGAUUUUUUAACUGACUCAGAAUUUAGGAUCUGAAAUGACUCAUUUAUUAUAAUAUUCAGGAACUCGUUACUAUCUCAGAAUUUAGGAUCUGAGAUUACUUAUUUAUUGCGAUAUUCAGGUUCUUAUAACUGUCUCUGAAUUUAGAAUUUGGGAUGUCUUACUCAUGAGGACGAUGUUUUAGUUAACUACCAAAGAUUUUACUGUCAAAUUGUCGGAGACAGAUUGAUUAUCACAGGAUCUUGUAACUGUCUCAGAAUUUAGAUCUGAGAUAUCUUAUUUAUUAUAAUGUUGAGAAUCUUUUAAGAAGUCUUUUAAGAAUACUAGCUGGGAUCUAAAAUAUCUUAUUCAUGAGGCCGAUGUUUCAAUUGACUACCAAAGAUUUUAAUGUCAAAUAUUCGAAAAUACAAGCAGAUUGACCAUCUCAAGAUCUUGUAAACAUCUUAAUAUUUAGAAUCUGAGAUGUUAUUAUCAAUUAAAUGAUCUAACUACUUAAAACUUGUGUCUCUGCCACUGUGGUGCAUGGUUUUUCCAGUUUGAAGUGUGAGAUAUGGUAUGGUUGGAAUUUGGGCUUCCUCUACUAACUUGAUAGCUAAAUGCCCUGUUAUUAUAGAAAGUCCAAUAUCCUCGAGGGAAACUGUAGAGUGACUCGUGUUUGUGAUAUAGCAUUGUAGUUACAGGGUAUGGAGGCAAAACACCUCAGUCCUCAGAGAUGGUAACGUGUGAGGGGUAUCAUGGGGGUUUGCAUUCUGUAAUAUCCAUGGUAUUGGCACAUGUAUAUAGGCUGUGUUAAACAGUUUCCAUCAACUUAUUUGUCAUUACAUAUUCUAUAAGAACUUUUAUACAACUUCAAUUAAGAACUUGUCGACUUUAAUUAUUAUUUCUAAAUUCUGAACUAUGAAUUUCGAGGGACAAACAAUUUGAUCGUGGUUUAGUUUCUUAGUAAUAAUUGUGAGUAUCUCGCUGGUCGAGUAUUAUAUAGUUAAGACGAAUUUCUAGCAGAUAGUGGAGUAAGAAAUGUUCUUAUGUAUAGUCUAUUGCAAUGGAACUCAAUGGAAAUAUAAACAAAUGGAUCAUAAGAAGGUUUUUACCACAGGGAGACUUUGUACAAAAGUCGAUUGCUUGAGUACCUCUGUCCCAUUCGUGUUUCUACUGUGAAGCAGUUGUGUUUGCAUGGCUGUGUUUCGAUUUGAAGGAUGGGAUAUGGCGUGAAUUUAUAGGGUACAGAGGAAUAACACCUGAGUCCUCAGGAAUGGCAACGCAUGGGGGGUAUCAUGGGCGAAACGGUAUACUCUGUUAUGUCCAUGGUACUGCUCAUGUCUAUAGGCGACGGUUGCCACUUUCCAUCAGGUGGGCCGUCAGCUUGUUUGCCAUUCUAAGUUGUAUAAAAAAAAAGAUCAGCUGAUGUUCAUUCUCUCUGGAAUCAACUUCCAACAGCAGUAUUUCCAAAUCAAUACGACAUCAUAACCUUCAAGAAAAGAGUAUAUUCCUUUUUUAAAAGCCGGCAACACACCUGUAGUGCCUCUGGUAUUGCGGUUCACUUACCAUCAAGUGAACCGCAUGCCUGUAUGUCCCCUGUGUUUUAAAAAAAGACAGCCUGCUGAUGGCCAACAGUAGUACAGAUCAAACAUCGAUUAAUCGGUUUUAACGAUUCGAUUUGUUACUAAUUACAUUUAGAGGAUGUUGACAUGAUAAUUUCAACACAAUUUGUUUAUAUUUUCAUUAAGUUCCGUCGAAGCAGACUGUAGAGUUUUGAUACUGGUCAUGUGGCACAUUGUAAUUUAUCAUAUUAGGUAUCGCAUUAAUAAAUUUACAAUAGAUUUAUUUCCACUUCGAUUAAAUAUAACUCUUAAAUUACUUAGAUAGAGAAUCGAGCCUGAGAAAGGGAUCAACUUUUUGUCAGUUAAUUGUCAAAUUAGCCGACUCGUUUUGUUUAUCAGUGUUCUAUAUACUUACGCACACAAUGUACCUUGACGUAUCUAUAUUUAAUUAUUUAAUAGAUAAAAUAAGUAUUUACGCAUUGAAAAGUGGUAAAAUUUAUAAGACAAAAUAAAUAUAGAAGUUAUAAAAGAAUCACCCAUAUUUGUCAAGUAAAAAUGUAUGAAAAAGUUGAUCCGUUUUUUCAAAGCAUUUGUAUGAAGAUACUCUAUCUAUGUAAUCUAAGAUAUAACUAUAUUUCCAAAACAAUCAUACAUGUAUGCACUUAUUGUUAAAACACUUAUUCACCGGAAUGUUUGUAUGAUAUAAAUAUAGGAAUAAAUAUCCGGGUGGAACGGACACUUCCGUGGAUUCGGUAAUAAUAGUUUUGUUGUUUACUUGGCGCUAGCUGCACACGUUCUAUUUAAGCCCAUCAUACACGAAGCUGUAAUAUACAUAUAUCAAUAUUUUUAUUAUUAUUUCAGCCGUUAAUGUCCACUGCUGAACAUUCCCAAUAAGGGAAGUUUUGCCCAAUAGUUGCCACACUUGGCAGUUUGGCAGGAAGUCAGUUUUUUUGUGAGAAACAAUCUAUAAAUAUUUAGCUAUGCGGUUUAUUCUACUGUUAUAAAUAAUGAUAUAUCUGUCCACUUAUUUGGCUGGCGUAAUAAAAAUAUGUAGGUAUUAUUACUGCAUCUGUGGACACUCCGAUAUAAUUUUAAAAAAAUAUCUUCAUUUUUUAACGAUGUCUAUGCAUAUGUGUAACAGGAAAUUUUAUUAACUUACUGUGUUUGUUGUUUCCGACAAUUGUUUUAACUUCAUCCGAAAGUGUUCUUCGAGGGGCUUACGCCGAUUUACGUUACAGCGUCUCGUCUCUGACGCUGUGACAUAUUCGAGUAGUAAUGAAGUAUUCUUCAUUAAUACUCGAAGAUUUCUUCAGAAAAUAUAUCGUUAUAUGCCUUGCUAUUGUGUAAUUUAAUAUAUUAUAAGUCCGUCUAUGGUGGGCUUAAGAACUAAAGAAAAAAAAAGUCAGGGUAUGCAAAUAACAAACACCGUAGUGAGAGCGUCCAUCUCGCUCACUCGGAACGUAUGGCGCGUUAUUUCCUAAAUUAUUUGAAAAUGAAGUGACAGCCCUCCCGACUUAAACGAAGUUUGAAGCAAGCGAGUACAUGAAUGUCACUUCCACUCAGUAUAUUUAAUUCUUAUGUUUAUGACUGUUUUAUGAGAUAAGUAACGAAAAAGUGGAAACAUUUAAGAUAUGCCACUAUAUUUAUACGUAUGUAAUUGGCGCGUAGAAUGUGAACUUGUUACUAAUAUAGUUCUCUUUUGAUUUUUUUUUUUAAAUCUAUUCAUGACCAUAGAUAAAUCAUUCGGUUCCAAAGAUAAGUAACAUCUCUUUACAUAAAUCGAACAAACAUUGCCCGUAAAAAAAAAAGAUAAAAUUCGAAAUACAAAAAAGUAUUUAAACUGUUCUUAUUUCUUAUUACUGGCAGUAAUUGUGAAGAACGUUAAAUUCGUUAUUGUAAAUCUUGAAAUACAAUAAAUUUUAUACAAUUUAUGUCUUUCCCAUAUAAAAUGUACCUCUGAGAUACGCUUAAUAAUACCUAUUUAUUUGUCUUUUAAUGUGUAUAAACUAUUUUAAUGUUUAUUAAUUAACUGUAUACAUAUUUAGAUAGUUUAUAAUAUGUUAUAUAUACAUAUUUCUAAUAAAAAUAUAUUUUUAAUGUAUUAACUACCAGUUUAACUUAAUACGUAACUAGAUUCAGAAGUAGAGAUUAUGACCGUGUACACCUACAGCACGCGCACAGUCAGGCUGGCGCUUGCAUUACAGUCGCUCGCGUUUAAGGAUCACGAAUUGGUCCCGAAACUAGUCGAGCUUUCUCUAUCUAAUCACACGUAAGUUAAACCGGUUGUUGUUACAUUAAACUAUAAUGUAUAAUUACGAAACUUUAGAGUGUAUUUUGUUCUUUAACCCUCUGACCGCGUAUAUUUUUUUUCACAACAAUAAAACACAUCGCUUUGGCAACAAAUAGCAGUACGAAUAUUUAGCCAUCUAGCGAGACUCUGAGAAACAAUACCAAUCUACCAAAACAAAAAUCGCGGGAUAACAACGUCGAUAAACAAAAAAAAAAUGCGAUCACGUCGAAAUCGCGGGAUGCGUACAGUUAAAUUAAGUAGAUACUGCACGCGGAAAUCGCAGGAUGCCCGGACAGAGGGUUAAGACAUCGAUUUAAUUAAUUUUUAAUCGACUUCAAGAAGAAGAUUCAAAUAUCAAGUGGAAAUUUUAAUUUUACAAAUAUGUUUAAAGAAAUAGCGUCUCAGAAUCGACCUCAGUCUAUUUUUAAAUUUGAAUUGUUUUAAAUCUAUUCCAGAAUGUUAUUGGUGAUACACGAUGUGUUUUUAAAAUAUUCCAAACAUUAUUUCGUUUAUAAGUAAAGAUUUUUAAUAUUACUUACUGCAGUGUUACUGCAUCAUCAGACGGGCUGUAUGCUUGUUUACCAUAUUUGAAUUAUAUAAAAAAAAAACAAGUUUUAGAAAUUAAAUAUUAACCUUUCUAACUGAUCAUAGGCCUCCUCCUAUUGGAAGGGGGCCAGUAGUUGCCACGCGCGGCAAGCAGAUUGGCAUUAAGUAGGUAACAAGUUCAAAAUCGAACAAACAUGUUUGAAUCGUGUGCCGCCAAUGUUGGGUGUCAAAUAUUAAAAACGUAAACUGUUGGUUAACUUGUAAUAAUAAAUAAUCUUAUUAUUUAAAUUUAUAAAUGUAGUUAGUGAUAAUUGUAACCAUAUGGAUGUCUAGUUAGUUUAGAUUUACGCAACGUUGCACAGGGCCCGAUCUAGGGGGGCGAGCCGGGCGCAUGGCCAGAGUAAGAAAUGACGGCUAAUCUUUUCGAAUACAUUUAUUUCUGCCCGGUGCGGCAAUUACUAGAUCGGGCACUGGAAUUGUGCUUGGGAAAUAUUUGAACUUUAUUGGAAUUGUCAAAACUUUGAUGUUUUUUAUUCUCUUCAUCUAUUCGAUCCGGUUCGAAGUACCAAAACUGGAAAUAAUCGUUUCGCACACUUUUAUAUAUUUUCUGUUCACUUUACCUUUUAACCGUCUUCAAAAUAUAGAGGAGGUUCUCAAUUUGUUUGUGGUUUUUUUAUGUUAGUUACUUUAGAACUCCGUCGUUUUUUGAACCGAUUUGAAAGAUUAUUUUUUGUUUAAAAGAAUUUACUUCAGAUUAAGUCCUAUAGAAAUUUCACCAAUAUCAAUUUAGCAGUUUAGUUUUAAAUGAAAGUAAUAGGUUUUGCGACGGAGUUUUUAUCCAUUUCCAAUUUUAAAAAUCUUGAAACUAAAUUUAGACAUAAACAUAGUUGGAAUUUUUUUAAAAAAUUUUAAAUUUAAAUGUUUCUCUUCUACAUGUUAAAACACGAACUUUGUUUUUUUUUUUGCUAUGAAAUAGUACCAAAUGUAUUACUAUAUUAUUAUGUAUACUUAUAUUAUAUAUGUACACUUAAUUGGAAAAAUUUCCGAGUGCAACGCAAGUAGGUGAACUACUGAGACGGUGGAAUUUAUAUCACUACUGACUUCGAAGCGAAUUGAGCUAAUGGCCUCUGAUAUAAUUCCGUGUAAGACUGAUGUGAAAUGUCACUUUUCUAUGUAAAUAAUUGUAGUUUAGUAUAUUAAGUACUAGGUCAAGUGAAACUGUUCGUACAUGUGAUGUUUUGUAGGCAGAUUAAAAAUUAGUAAUAAUUAUUUAGCUGUCAUAAUUUUAUAUUAUAUUUUUUCCAAGUUCGUAUGUAACUGGACUAAGUUACAAGAUCAUUUAGUUUAACAUCAAGUUAACAAAAACAUAAAGUUCUAUAACGAAAAUAUUUUUUUUUAAUAUUAAACUUUUUUUAUUUUUAUUACGUUAUUUCUAAAAAUCUUUGUACUUAAUAUGCAUAACUUGCGAAUUCUUAAUUGCGAUUAUCUAUUUAUUUGAUAGAUUAAAUAACGUCUCAAUGAAGUUUUUUUUUUGUAAAUGAUAAUGAAAUGGUAACCCCACUUGCGCUAUCGGUAUACGCUGGUGGGGCACCAGUGAGAAAUGAUAGGUAAGGAUGAAAAGAAAGAUCAAUUAGCUCAUCGUGAUGAAUUCGCUUAGAAUUAGAACAUGAUAGUUUCUAGAGGGAACCACGAGGAGGUGGGCCUGUCAGGGUGUAUUGCUAGCAAUGGGGCUACUAUUUGGUGAAUUUACAUGGUACAGAGGAAUAACACCUGAGUCCUCAGGAAUGGCAACGCAUGGGGGGUAUCAUGAGCGAAACAGUAUACUCUGUUAUGUCCAUGUUACUGCUCAUGUUUAUAGGCGACGGUUACCACUUUCCAUCAGGUGGGCCGUCAGCUUGUUUGCCAUUCUAAGUUGUAUAAAAAAAAACUAAUAAAAAACAUAGUUGGAAUAUUGGUGCACUCAAGUAUCCAUAAAAAAGUUAAGCAAUUUUAUAAAUGUAAAUAAUAAAAUUUUAAUGUUUUAAUUUUCAGUAAAUUUUGAUCUGCCUAUUGAAUGUCAUUUAAUCUUUUUAUCACACGAAAACUGCAAUGUAAUCAAUACAUAAUUUGUGCAAUUAAUCUAAAAAAAAAAAUAUGUUCAGUUUAAAAUGGACUUAAAAAAGAGAGAUUUCUUAAUAAUUAAUCUGUAGUCAUAAUGUUUACUGAUCGAGUUAAAGAUUACAUUAAAUCAUGUAGAUGUAUAAUUUAGUGGUAUUGUAUAAUGAUAGGUCGUACCUUAUUAGGUAUAAUAAUUUCGUACCAUAUUUUGUACUGUGUACCUAUUGAGAAUCAUGUAUCUAUAUGUAUACAUAAGAAUUAACAGCCUUUAUUAUGGUUCCUAUAUUCUUGCUGUCACUGUGCUAUAUUGUCUAUGACUUUUUUUUUUAUUUUACUAACCACUAUAUAAAGUAAUGGUAAUUUUGAAUUAUGCUAUCUGAGGACAAAAUCUGCCAUUAAAGUCAAUACUUGUAGGUUCGUAAUUCAAGUUGUGAUUUUUUUACUUUUUUUUUAAUACAGGGACCUUUUUAAGUUUAUAUACCUACCUGUUUGUCAUAAUUACUACAUAUAGAUAAAUAAAUAAAGCAGGGUUAUGUUACGAGCUUAGGUUUUGUACCAACUAUUCAAUUUAAGUUUGUCAUUUGAUUACUGUUAUUAACAGACUAUUAUUGAUGUAUAUUUCAAAAUUUUCAUUAAAUUCUAUUGCUACUUGUACCUAUAAACAAAUAUCUACCUAUAAUAUGACUAAACCAUAUCUUUGUCCUGCCAAGAUGUUUAAAAUAUCCUAUUUUUGACGAAAGUUUUUGGAAAAUUAGCUUGAUUGGAGCUUAUAAAUUGAUUCUUAAUUUUGGAUCCAAACUUUUGUGUAAUAAAUAGCAAAAAUGUUAGAUAGCAUUUUCUAUCCAUUUACCUGUUACUUGUACCUUAUUUUGUACACAAAUAUUAAAAUACUUAACUAUGAAUUUAUUUUAAUAAAUAAUAGACAUUUUUAUACUUAAGUUCACGAUUGGGACUUAACACGAUGAGGUUACAGGUAAUUACAGCAAUAAAAAGGUGUGUAGGUGUCGUUUGCCUGUUAAAUCUUGAUCGUGAACUUAUAUAGGUGUAUACAACGCGAAAACUUAAAAAUAGACAUUUUUAAUUGAUCUUUUGCUAAUUUCAUUACAUAUCAGAAUGAAUCUAUUUGUGUAAACAGCUAUACUACAUUAUAAUAUUAUUGUAUCGUCGGUGUUAGUUGACAUAUUGUUCGCAUAAAUUGUUUGUGUUGUAAUAAAUUACUGUGCUGUAA